AUGCUGGAGGGGAAGGCCGUCGUGGGCGAGACCGACAUGCUCGAGGCCAUGCAGCGCCACGCCCUCCGCCUCGCCGGCGAAGCCCUCGACCUCUUCGACGUCACCCAGUCCACCGACGUCGCCCACUUCAUCAAGAAGGUUCUCCUUCUUCUUCUUCUUCUUCUUCUUCUUCUUCUUCUUCUUCUUCGUGCUCUUCUUCACCAUCAUCAUCUUCUGCUUCUUCUUCUUCAGGAGUUCGACAGGUCGUACGGGGGGGGGUGGCAGUGCAUCGUGGGGACGGACUUCGGCUCCUUCGUGACGCACCAGUGCGGGUGCUUCAUCUACUUCGGCAUCGGCAGCUUGGCCAUCCUGCUCUUCAGGGGGAACACCAAGAGCUGA